UAUUAGCCAAUUACUCAUUAAAAAGCUUGCUAGAACGCUAAAAAUAUGUUCCCAAAAGUUCGAUUUGUUUUUGCUCUGGCAACGCUUUGCUUAAUAAUACUUUGUCAGGACGCGUUUGCUGAGCUAGCAACUUCCGACAACAAUUUGAACGACUUAUAUGAGAUUAUGUUACAGCGUGAGUACGCGGGUCCUAUUGUUUUUCCAAAUCAUCAAGUUGAACGUAAAGCACAACGUUCUCCAUCAUUACGCUUACGUUUUGGAAGACGUACUGACCCAGAUAUGUUACCCGUAGAACAGAAACGUUGGUUUGGAGAUGUCAAUCAAAAGCCUAUCCGUUCCCCAUCAUUACGUUUACGCUUCGGACGACGUAGUGAUCCCUCUGUACCAAUUCAUAGUGACAUGGAUGCAGUUGUAUUUAAUGAUUUAAAUGAUGACACUACCGGUUCUGCUGUUGCUGAAGUCGAACUUAAUAAUAUGAUAGACGGCUAUGAGCGCGUACUACGUAAGCCACAACGUUUACGUUGGGGACGUAGUGUGCCUUCAUCACAAAAUAACUAUAAUGGCGAGGAAUAUGAAAUGUCUCAAUCAAUCUCACGCAUUGAAGAAUUUUUGAACUCAUUGAGAGAUACUGAAAAAUUACGUAAAAUUCUUUUGGCUCUAGACCAGUACAAUAAUGAGGCAAACGCUAAUACUAAAUUAUUCUAUAACAAGAAUAUGUACAACAACGAUGAAAACCACGAUAUUGACUUAACUGUUACAGAAGAUGAAUUUGAACGUGAAGCACGCAGAACUGCACCAUUGAGAUUACGUUGGGGUCGCAGCACUGGGGGACAAAGCAGCAGCAAUGGCAAAGUACGAAUUAACAGAGUUGCUACAACAAUAGAACCAAUUUCAAAGAUACCUCACAAUACUGAAGAAGUGCCCAAUCUUGGCCAAGACAAGAAUUAAGAAAACUGAAUAUAACGACUUAGAGAGAACACUUAAUGGACAAAUGAAAACUUGAUAUAUAAACAAAAAUACUUUGAAAUAUUAAUAUUUGAAAUACAUA